CUCUUAUCUGAGUCGGAAUCCUUUCACCGUCACACAACCGUCAGGCAGUUAUGUCGCCCGGCGCUGAAGUCAGACCGAGUAGUUUAAAUUCCUCCUGAAACCGUUCAGUCUGCGGUCCUGUUAGCUUGAAAUACAUCCUUUCGACAUAAUGUGUUCGGCCGGAAGGACGUGAUCUUUGCUGCGUUCAUUUAUUUGAAGGGGAAUCACCCGCUUGGGCCAUGGCAUCUCUGUCAGAGGAGGUCCUGCUGGUGGUGAAGAAGGUCCGCCAGAGGAAGCAGGACGGCACACUCUACCUGAUGGCUGAGAGGAUAGCCUGGGGUCCAGAAGGCAAAGACCGCUUCACUGUCAGCCACCCGUAUUCAGACAUCCGCUGUCAGAAGAUCAGUCCCGAUGGCAAAGCCAAGAUCCAGCUCCAGCUGGUCCUCCACACCGGAGAGAGCACCACAUUCCACUUCGCCAACGAGAGCACGGCACUCAAAGACCGCGAAGCCGCCAAGGAGCUGCUGCAGCAGCUCCUGCCAAAGUUCAAGAAGAAGGCCAACAAGGAGCUAGAGGAGAAAAACAGGAUGCUUCAAGAAGACCCCGUGCUUUUCCAGCUAUACAAAGACCUCGUUGUGAGCCAAGUGAUCAGUGCCGAGGAAUUUUGGGCCAACCGGUUAGGAGGCAUGAAUCAUGGCGAUCCUGCACCUUACAACAACAAACAGGAAGUUGGAAUAUCUGGAGCAUUUCUAGCGGACAUCAGACCUCAAACUGAUGGCUGUAAUGGCUUGAGAUAUAACCUGACAGCGGAUAUUAUCGAGUCCAUUUUUAGAACAUAUCCUGCAGUGAAGCAGAAGUAUAGUGAAAACGUGCCUCAUAACCUGACGGAGAAGGAGUUCUGGACCCGCUUUUUCCAGUCUCACUAUUUCCACAGAGACCGCAUCAACACAGGUUCACAGGAUAUCUUCUCAGAAUGUGCCAAGCAGGAUGAGAAAGGGUUAAAAUCUCUGGUGACCCAAGGGGUAAAGAAUCCUUUGGUCGACCUUCUGUCACUGGAGGAUAAAACGCUGGACGAGGGUUAUGGAAUAAGCAAAACUCUACCUUCAACCUCAAGUGCGAACAAGUCGGUGAAGGAGAGUAGUAACUCUGCCAUUAUAAAGCGCUUCAACCAUCACAGUGCCAUGGUGCUGGCAGCUGGCUCACGCAGGGGAGAUGUGCCCACCGACCAAGCUAGUGAGACCAGCAGCACAGACGGCAACUCCAGAGAUUCUGAUUUCUUUCAACCUCCUCUGAAGAAGGUUAAACUACAAGAAGCCAUAGAAUAUGAGGAUCUACAAAGGGAAAAUGUACCUAAAACAGUGGCGUUAAACCUGAAGAAGUCUGACAGGUAUGCUCAUGGUCCUGUCCCACUUCAGUCCCAACAAUAUACAACCAGCCAAGACAUCAUCAACUCUGUCAGCUACAUCCGGCAAGAGAUGGCAAAUUACAAACCCAGCCUCACACGGGUGAUGUCCAGCACAACAGCAACUUCUGCCAUUGCGGCGCUUUCUCCAGGAGGUGUCCUUAUGCAACCUGUUGGACAGCAGUCCAUAAACCAAAUGGUACCCACCGAUAUUCAAGGAGAGCUGAAGCACCUUUAUAUUGCUGCCGGGGAGUUAUUAAGACACUUUUGGUCCUGUUUUCCUGUAAGCACACCAUUUUUGGAGGAAAAGGUAACAAAAAUGAAGGCAAACUUGGAGAGAUUUCAAAUUACCAAGCUUCGUCCUUUCCAGGAGAAAAUCCAGCGUCAGUACUUGAGUGCAAAUCUUACGGGACAUCUGGAGGACAUGUUUCAGACUGCCUAUAGCAAGUUUCAUAUCUGGCAAACCCGCAGGAUGAUGAGGAAUACCUGACGUGGGAUUUUUCUUUGUUAAGAAGAAGAUGAGAGAGGCUUGGAAAAAAGACGUGGGACGAUCCUCUGUGCUGUGAGAAGACCCAACGGAACAUGGUUCACGAGGGCUUAAUGAGGAUAUAGAAAGGAUGCUGCUGCAGCCCAAAGUAUUCAACAGAGUAUAACUGCGUCUCAGUCACAAAUAACUCUUAGUUUCAUUGUUUUCUUUGUGUUUCCUUAAUUGUUGAGAGCUCUCUGCUUGUAACGGGUUUGCAGCAGGACUUAGAAAGUGGUGUAAAAUGACCAAACUUCAGCUGGAGGUCCGACAGACGGCUCCCCGGACAACACACCGAGACGAGCGAUGCGGAGGAUGGCUGCUGUGCUCAGAGCAGAGGGGGGGAAAAAAAUACUGUGACACACAGGAAAUCCCCAUAAAAGUGGGCUGUUGUGAAAGUAUUAAAGAAAAUCUGAAGCAAGGGGGUGCGUAAACAAAGCAAUACUGUUAAGGCAUUUCACACUUGAGUGCAUUAGUGUGUAUGACUCAACUGAAAUUGUCACUGGUUUCUAACGUCUGCACUGGCUGUCUGCACUGAAGACAAACACAAUUAAAGUGAGGUAUUUGUUCAUGCCUGUUUCUACUCCA